GUUUAUAAUACACUGAUGUCAUCGAUGUCUGCAGUUUUUCAAUAUUGACAGUAAAUGUUUAUCGUUUUACCAAUUGAAUCAAAUUGUUGUCUUUGGAUUUAUUAAAUUUUUGUACAAUGGGCAGAGAUGAGCCCCUGUGGCGUAAAACAAUUGUCGAUCGUCUAAUUGAUAGAAAUAAACGAACAACAUCAUCGUUCACCGAAAUCAUCACACAAAACAAUCGACUGUACGACGCAUCCAAUCAAUUGAAAAGUGAUAAUCUUAAGCUCUCAGUGGAAAAUGAGCAAUUACGUAGUGGUGGUUCAGUGGCAUCUGCUUCCGGAAAUAAUUCAAAUUUGGCAAAAAUCCAGGCGCUUGAAAAACGAUUAAUGAGCCAACAGGAAGAACUAACUGAAUUGCACAAGCGUAAGGGCGAAAAUGCACAGAUGAUUGUAGAUCUUAAUAUAAAAUUAGAAAAGCAGAACAAAACAAUGAACGAUAAAGAUGUAAGGAUAGCUGAACAAUUGUCAACAAAUAAUAGUUUAAAAGCAGAAGUUCAGAUGCUGACUACAAGUAUACAAGAACUGAAGGGACUGAACUCCUGCCUGAGAGACGAACACACAGCAUUGCAAUUAGCGUUUGCUUCUUUAGAAGAUAAACUACGAAAAGUGCAAGACGAAAAUAGGACCCUCAUCGACCGCCUAAUGAAGUACAAGAUUAAAGACGCGGAAAAGAUGAACGAUGAGAAUGAGAGUUUUCUAAAAUUUGGUUCGUACUUUUUCAGAAAACGAUCGGACAAAAUGCGCAAAGAAUUAGAAGAAGCUGCCCGCGAAGGAAACAGCAUGCGAUCGGGCAGUCCACUUUCGUUUCCAUUAGGCGCCGACGGUGGAAUGGGAAGCUUGACUGAUUUAAGUGGAACUGGUGCGAAAGCUGCCGGUUUCUACAGCGAUACAGUGCCAAGCUGUGUUCAUAUGAAAUUUGACGCACAUGAUGGAGAAGUCAAUGCAGUUCGAUGGAGUCCUGUCGAACGAUUAGUUGCAACUGGCGGUGCUGAUAGAAAAGUCAAAUUGUGGGAUGUCGGAAAAGCAAUAAUGGAACCCCGAGGUACUUUGGUCGGGAGUAAUGCUGCAAUUAAUUCCGUGGAUUUCGACUCUACUGGAUCGAUGAUCUUAGCUACCUCUAAUGACUAUGCUAGUAGAGUAUGGACAGUAUGUGAUCAUCGACUAAGGCACACAUUAACCGGUCACAGUGGAAAAGUGAUGGCCGCUAAAUUUGUGGGCGAGGCAACAAAAAUCGUAACCGGCAGUCAUGACCGUACUCUCAAAAUUUGGGAUCUACGUAGCCGCGCCUGCACAGAAACGAAAUUCGCCGGCAGCAGCUGUAAUGAUCUAGUAACAACUGAUGGAUCGGGUUCGACGAUAAUUAGCGGACACUUCGACAAAAAGAUUCGCUUCUGGGACACAAGAACUGACUGUUCGGCUAACGAUAUUGUUCUGCAGGGGAAAAUUACAUCAUUGGACUUAUCUAAAGACUGUAAAUAUUUGAUUAGUUGUGUGAGAGAUGACACCAUCAAGCUGUUAGAUCUUCGUAUGAAUCAAAUAAUAAGGAGUUUUAGUAAUGACAAUUUUAAAGUUGGCUGUGAUUGGUCUAGAGUUGCAUUUAGUCAUGAUGGUAGCCGAAUAGCAGCUGGUUCAGCCGAUGGUUCGAUUUUCGUUUGGCACGUGUGUGGUCGACUUGAGACAACGCUAAAGGAUAGUUCUAAUUGUUCAGUCGAUCCAUUUCUGACCCCGAGGUCUGGGGGAUUUUUUGUUCGCAGUGUCGCCGUUACAGCAGUUAAUUGGCAUCCAUUUAGUUCGACAUUGGCGUCGGUAGAUCGUCUGAAAGCUUGCACAAUUUGGUCGGACUCAUAAGUUACACACAUACCCACAAAAAUGAGGGGAAAAAAUUGGUGUUCGGACAGUAAUACCUCAUAAUGAGAUUUAACUUUUAAGCGAAUUAAACGUCCGAUCGAUAAGUGUGAGCGAUGCAAAAAUUUGGAAAUAAAUUUUUGCUUUGCUGACAAAAUCGAUUUUAACAAAGUAAAAACAUUUUGAUUUGCAGGUGUUUUCACUUGUUGGAAUAUAAUGUCGUAUAAAUCUACUAUUUUUUUCGCAAAGUUGUUUUU